AUGGAGUCUCCCAUCGCAGCUAGCGCAGUUAAAAACACGUCGAAGUUAAAGCAAAAACGACCCGAUUCACUAAAGUUAGAGUUACUGACAAUCCCGGAAAACGAAAGUGUUAAGUUCGGACCUGUAGAAAGUGCAGUUGACGUGUCAUUCCAGGAUUUAAGUUUCACUGUCAGGGAAGGAUUAUUCAGAAGAAAACGACGGACAAUUUUGAACAAAAUAAAUGGCGAAUUUAAUGCCGGCGAACUUACGGCCAUUAUGGGGCCAUCAGGGUCUGGAAAAUCAACAUUAAUGAAUAUAUUAGCUGGUUACACAACUCAUGGAAUUAAGGGAAAACUUUUAGUCAAUAAUGAUGCUAGAGAGGAAAGCCUUUUUAGAAAACAAUCCUGCUACAUCAUGCAGGACGACAACCUGCAACCAUUAUUAACAGUUGAUGAAGCGAUGACCAUUGCAGCGAACUUAAAAAUGAACUCGUCAAUUACUUCCAAAGAAAAAAGAACUAGGUUAAAGGAAAUUUUGGAAUCUAUGGGUCUGUGGGAGCAUAGAGCAGUAAAAACUCAGGCUUUAUCUGGUGGUCAGCUCAAAAGAUUGUCCAUAGCUUUGGAAUUGAUCAAAAAUCCUCAAAUUAUGUUCUUUGACGAACCAACUAGCGGACUGGAUAGCCUAACUUCGAAACAAUGCAUAAUGCUUCUAAAACAAAUUGCCGCUUCGGGCAGAACUGUGAUAUGUACCAUCCACCAACCAAGUGCCAUGAUUUUCGAGAUGUUCGAUCAUCUCUACGUAUUAUCUACAGGGUAUUGCCUCUACCAGGGCUCAAUAAAAGGCCUGCUGCCUUAUUUGGACGAAUCAAAUUUGAGAUGUCCGCCUUAUCAUAAUCCAGCCGAUUAUUUACUGGAAGUAGCAAAUGGGGAACACGGCAAAGAGUACCUAGAAAUUCUCGCCAAAAAAUCGGAAAAUGGAAGGAACAACGAAUGGAGGAGGAAACAACGCAACUCCCUCCAGUUCACCUCCAUGGAGCAUAUCGACAAGAUGAUGUCUUCGGGUCGCAUUACCCCCGUGAAAGCCCCCCCGAUAUUCUCCCCCAAAUUGAUGGGCUGCGAGAAGAAUAAACCGCAUAGGAGUAAAUGUUGCUGCUACGGGCAGUACCCGACUUCCAUAGUCUAUCAAUUUUAUGUUCUAUUGAAAAGAGCGUUUCUUAUACUGAGUAGAGACAGAACUUUAACGUACUCAAGAUUGGGGACGCACACCGGUAUAGCGUUGAUUUUGGGGACUCUAUACCAUGGUAUAGGUACUGAUGCGUCUAAUAUGCUCAACAACUUUAAUUUCAUGUUCUUUACCGUCAUGUUUUUAAUGAUGACGGCUUUUAACUGCAUGACUACAACUUUUCCUUCGGAGUUACCUAUAAUAUCGAGAGAACACUUCAACAAAUGGUACUCUCUUAAGUCGUAUUAUCUUGCGAUCUCUUUAGCAGACAUACCAGUACAAAUGGCAGCUACUUUAAUUUAUGGUUUUGUUACUUAUUUUUUGACGAUGCAGCCAUACGAGGCAACAAGAUUAAUGUCGUUUAUUUUUAUGUGUAUUUUAAUAUCACUGGUUGCUCAGAGUUUUGGUCUGCUGAUAGGUGCUUCAAUGGAUAUAAAGAAUGGAGUUAUCUUUGGCCCUCUGUGUUUCCUCCCCUUCACAAUAUUCUCAGGGUUCUUCGUGCAAGAACACGACGCUCAUCCCUACUUAAGAUGGCUGUUCCACAUCUCCUAUUUGCGUUACGGGUUCGAGGGCCUAGUGCUAUCGGUACUGGGCUACGACAGGGGAAAACUUCCCUGCAACGCAGAGUACUGUCAUUUCGUCUAUCCGGACAAAUUCCUCACGGACAUGGACAUGGAGGAGUCGCACUACUCAACAGCGGUCAUCUUCCUUGUGAGCCUGUUUCUGUUUCUGCGGAUCGCGGCCUACUACGCCUUGAGCAUCAAAAUUAGAAUGAAGAAAUCAUAGCGAAGUUUUGCCCAAUGAAUUUGUUUAAUAAAUGUGAUAUAUAGCUAUAGAUAUACCGCGCCAUCUAUCGACCGGUAGAGCUAAGAAGUAAUAAUUUUGUAAAGAGAGUUUAGAAUGUUAAGUUUUAUACUAUUUAUUGAUACAAGCCGUGCAUUUACUAGCCCUUAAGAUUAAUAAUUAAAACG